CCUCCUCAUCAUCUUCACCCACAGGCUGCGCUGUUUUAUAAUAUUUCUUUCACUUCCAUGAAGCAAACAAUCCAAUCCCCUUCAACUUUUCGAGCCCCAAUUCAUAAUAUUUUUUUUUUUUUAUAUUCCGUACCCCCCUCCUCCUCCUCUCAAGGGUGGGGGGGUUGGAAAAUAAGGGGGAGGUAAGCAUCUUUAUUGGGUCCGAGCGUGCAUGUCUGCAAAUUGUGAUAAAGGAGUGGGUCAAUAAAAGGCGGGCACACUGGCUCAGGGUUCCACUUGUGCCUGUCAGUCAUCCGCAGACGCUCCGUCGUUCCCAAAUGAGGGGGCUGAGAUGAGAGGGAUGGUCUCCUGCAGACAAGUUCUGAAAGUGUUUCUCUCACCUGAGCCGCUGGAUUUGUCCAUGUUUCCUCUUCUGGUUUCAGAUGAAGUUUCUCCGCUCGCCGGUGAGUACCGUCUUUGACUUUCCGAUGAAGCUGCGGAUUGGAAGAGUGAUGAGGCGAGAGUCACGUCAUCUGACCACCAUGUUGAUCCGCCAUCUUCUCACGUGUGCAUGUGUGCCAGGUAUGCUUGGCUGUUAGGAGACUCAAGACAGAAUACAGCUCCACUCCGGAACAGGAACAUUCCAAUAUCCUACACCAAUAUGGAGCAACUGGGGAAAAGGGAAAACAAAAAAAUAGUGACCAAGUGGACGCACCAUUCUUCUCACACGUACCUGAGCAUGAAGAGCACAACACUCCUCACACCUACGCCUGACUCUUUCCUAUAAGAGCAGCUGGCUGGACCCAACACACACACACUGGUGUGGAAGAAUGUUGAGUGUCUCCACAACCCCCCUCCCUGAAGAUUAGGCUUCAUCAUGCCUGACCCCCCCCCUCUCUCUCUCUCUCUCUCAUCAUUCCUUUCCAAAGUAUUCCCCACAAGAGCUGCCGCAUUUUUAUCUGAGCCCGGUGAUUGCGAUAGAUUGGCCAAAUGACACACAUACACAGACACACGCUGAGGGGUGGCCGGUGAGCCCAGGGAGGGACCAGCCAGCGGCGAGCUCAGGCUAUAAAACCUCCCCGGGAGGAGGCCAGUGUCCUGCCCUGAGCCGGACAGAACCCACUUCCCCUGAGCCAGGACGCCGCCAGGACCGGCAGCAGACCAGCAACAUGAACGACAUCUACAAGGCAGCGGUCGAGCAGCUCACAGACGAACAGAAAAAUGAAUUCAAGGCCGCCUUCGACAUCUUCGUUCAAGAUGCAGAGGACGGCUGCAUCAGCACCAAGGAGCUGGGGAAGGUGAUGAGGAUGUUGGGCCAGAACCCCACUCCCGAGGAGCUACAGGAGAUGAUCGAUGAGGUGGACGAAGAUGGGAGUGGCACGGUGGACUUCGACGAGUUCCUGGUGAUGAUGGUGCGGUGCAUGAAGGACGACAGCAAGGGCAAAUCGGAGGAGGAACUGGCCGAAUUGUUUCGCAUGUUUGACAAAAACGCUGAUGGCUACAUUGACCUGGAGGAGCUGAAAUCCAUGCUGGAGUCGACAGGCGAGGCGAUCACCGAGGACGACAUCGAGGAGCUGAUGAAAGACGGAGACAAAAACAACGAUGGCAAAAUUGACUAUGAUGAGUUUUUGGAGUUCAUGAAAGGAGUGGAGUAACCUGGGCUUUUUGUAUCAUCUGUGACUUCCUGAAGAACUCUGCGAGAUGGUGUCCCUCCAGCCUCUUGCAUCCUUGUGAAUAUGGUUUCACCGAACAUCUCGCUGCCAGACAGGCGCCUGUGACAAAAUCUGGUCCUAUGAAAUGCUUAUUAUCCGACGACAGAAAUCGACAGAAGACCAAGCUAGUGUACAUGUGAGGAUGUGUACGUGGCCCUCAGGACUUUUUAUUCCCCUGUCAGAGUGCCUGCAUUUAACAUGGAAAUUGCCUUCACGUAAUAAACAGUUUUACCAAUGUUCCUCUUUGUAUUGUUAUUUUAAGAGCCAGACUUCGCAGUACAUCAGAAUCACGUUUUUAUGAGCUCAUGACCUGGUCAUAAGAUUUAAUAAGCUGGUCACCAAACACAUAAAACCCUGCAGACGAUUCCACAUAUACUCCAGCUGUUUGUCCAGCUAGUGCUUUGAUUU